AAAUAGGAAGAGUGAUUGCCCAGAAGUUGGGUCAAAAUGGGCUUUUGCAGAAGCAGCAGGAGGUGAAUAGUUAGAUCUCCCAACCCAUGGCAUAAACGAAAGAAAACGAAACCCCCCCAAAACAAUAAAGAUGGAAGAAAACGAAAGACUAUUAAAUGAAGAAGAAGAAGAAGAAGAAGAAGAAGAACAACAACAACAACAACAACUAUGGAGCUGGGGAGCAGGAACGGAAGGACAGCUAGGGACAGGGAAGCUUCAAGACGAGCACCUCCCUCUUCUGCUUCUACUCCAACUUCCUCUCUCCUCCGCCGGUGCUGCUGGCGCUGCUCCCAUCUCCGUCCUAUCCUGCGGCGGCGCCCAUGUCAUUGCUCUCACCACCGGUGGAAGGGUACUGACAUGGGGAAGAGGAACUUCUGGCCAGCUGGGUCAUGGGGAGAUGGUCAAUUGUUUACAUCCUAAGCCUGUCCAGUUAUUAGAGACCCUCAUUGUGACUCAUGUUUCUGCUGGAUGGAACCACUCUGGCUUUGUUACAGAUACUGGAUGCCUUUUUACUUGCGGAGAUGGCUCAUUUGGUCAACUCGGGCAUGGUGAUUACAAUUCGCAUAGCUCUCCUGUAAUGCUUUCAUACUUCACUUCGAAGCAUGUUGAGCAGAUAGCAUGUGGUAUGCGCCAUUCAUUGGUCUUGUUGAAAGGUCAUUUUGGAGACCGAGUAUAUGGAUUUGGGUCUGGUAAGCGUGGUCAACUGGGCAUUUCCAAGGAUAAAACUGGAUCAACAUCUCUUCCUCAAACUACCUUUGGAUUGGAAGAUAUCAAGAUCGUUGGUAUUCUCGCGAAUGGAGACCAUAGUGCAGCAUUAUCUGCUGAUGGGCAUCUGUACACCUGGGGAAGAGGAUUCAAUGGUAGUUCAGAUGCGUACACUCCCCAGUGUUUAAGUUCAUCUUUAUCAUUCAUCCAGGCGGCUCUUGGAUGGAAUCAUGCUUUGCUCUUAACGGGUGAGGGGGAAGUUUGUAUGCUUGGAGGCAAGCACCAUGGUGUGCUCGGCGAAUCUCAGAAAAUGAAUCUGGUUAAGCAUUUGUCUGAUGAUUCAAAGGAAACUGUUGUGGGUAAAAUUCCCAAUCUUAAUGGGAUAAAAGUUACGCAGAUUGCAGCAGGAGCCGAGCACUCGGCUCUAGUAACAGAAAAUGGAUUAGUAAUGACAUGGGGUUGGGGCGAACAUGGUCAGCUUGGCUUGGGGAGUACAGAUGAUCAAACUAUUCCUCAUGUUGUCAAACUCGGUGACAAACUUCCAUACAUAAACAGCAGAACUAAAGUUUAUUGUGGAAGCGGGUUCACAUUUGCUGCAAGGACAGUCCGUCUUCCUUCUCAGACAUGAUUUGUGUACUUGGAUUGUCAAUCUUAAUGUGAUGGGCCUUUGGUCUGUCCAAUAAAAAAUAUGAGACGAUGGCAAUGUGAUGCAAUUUAAAGGCAGUGUUAAUUCAAUGUUCGUGGUGCCACAGCUGGAGCUGGUGCAUUUUCUGCACAACUAGUCUGUUGCAGGGUUAAGCUAUGACCCAUGUAAUUCAGUGGCAUUUGGAAGGUGACACUGGGACCUUGAUUGUUGAGGCCAAGUGAUUGAAUCCCUCCCUAUCCUCUUAUUUUGACUGAUGGUGUUACGAAAAAACAAAAAAUGUGGUUUUUUUAGUCGACAUGUAUUGACUAAUUGUAACCCAUAGUCUUACGGGAUAUAUUGUGCAUCUUAAAUUGUUUGUUGAACUUAUCAAUGUCAAGGCUCAUCCCACUUUGACAAUGCUCC